GAGACAGAGAGCACAGAAAUUAUUUACCUGUUGCCACACCUGUAUGUGUUUAUGUGUGUUUGUAUCUGAGCAGAGACUCUGAUCUUGUCUGAGACUCAUAAUCUGAAUAAUCAAUUGUUCUUCUGUAUUACUGCAGCAUCAGGACUUUGGCAGUGGAAACAUGAAAAAUCAACACUUUUAUUUAACCUGGGAGUUCAGACGAAUAUGAACUGUGGGAGUUUAAAUGUUCUGUAGUUUCAUCCCUAAACCAUAGACGUGAUUUCUACAGAUAGAAGUUUGAUACUACAGAACAACAAUCCAACUCACAAACCGAACGGAAAGACAAACAAGCAGCGAAAUGACCGAGCUCCUCGUCAUUAAACCUGAAAGAGUUGAUGAGAGGAAACCGCUCACUACCAGCGAGAACUUCCAAGAACUUCAGAGGUCUGAUGGAGAUCACACAGAACCCAGAACCCUGCAAUGGCACGAGGAUCGAGGACCAGACCACCGCUCACCUGAAGGACAGACGUCCAGCCAGAAGCAAGUGAGUGGAACGGAGAGUUCCAGAGAGAUGGAGAGAGGAGAGCACUGGAUGGACACGGAGGAGAAGAAGAGUGAUGAUGAAAGAGGAGAUCAGGACAGUGGAGACGGCUCAUUGGCUGAUGAUGAGGAAGAGGAUGAUGAUGAUGAUGAAAUCGGUUGCGAUAGGGUACGUGCGCACUGGAUGCCAGAGAAAGCCGGACAGCUCUUCACUCCAAACAUAAUGAUAGUGCAGCCGACCUGCCAUCAGCAGGACCUGAAUGAAAGCAGUGUGAUGAAAGAGGAGAUACAGAUGCAGAAAGCUCCUCUAUACACGCAAAACUUUCACAUGAGCCAACCAAAACACUUCCACCCACAGUGGAUAGAAGACAUUGAAAAACCCAAAGACAGUUGCUGUGGAGAGAUUGUAAGAGUGUGUGUGUUUAUUACGGCUGCAGCAGUUAUUUUCCCGUUACUAACGUGGGGCGGGUACGAGCUCCUGCCCUUUAAAAUCCCUCUUCUCGACAGAACCCCCUUCAGGCUGGUCUACACUCUACGCUGUGCGUUUUUCGGCACCAUUCCAAUAGUGCUGGGGGUGUUGGUUCAGGGUGCGUCCCGUCUGAGGUUUGGGACCCUGAAGCCGCUGUUUGUUGGGACGUGGGAGAUUCGUCAGGUGGCCGUUCACAGUCACUACGUCAGAGAGUCCCUCCACCUGUACCUGCUGUAUUUCAUGCAGCUCGCUGUCAUGGCGACCUACAUCCAACAGGAGAUGCUCAAACUGGUGCCGCUCCUCACCAUCAUCUUUGUGAUUGGCCGACUGAUUUACUGGGUGUGCGUUGUUUAUGGCAGCAGCGUACGAGCGCUGGGUUUCGGCCUCUCCUUCUUGCCCCUGCUUGCCCUUCUGGGGGCAAACCUUUACUUCAUUGGCUCAGUGGGCGGAGCAGAGGUGGUGUUUGAUGUGGCCCCUCCCACUACACCCCCACCCCCAAAGCUGAGAUGGUGGGGGUGAAACU